AUGAGUUUAUUUAGGAAACGCGGUCCUACCUCAGAAGAUGUUGCACGCGAAAAUCAAAUCAAGAGAUCCAUCACGAAGGAGCUGUCCUCAUCCAUUAGGACUCUCCAACGGGAACACCAUCGUACGGAUGAAGUCAUCACAAGCACGGACAAGGCUAAUGCUGUCUGCAAUAUCCUAGAAGCUAUUUUUCUGCAUAACCUUAAGAACUCAGUUUCUAAAAAGUUUGCAAAUUACAUGGGUUUUAAUCCAGCUGGCGAGAAUGCAGAUAUUUCCAUUAAUUUCUGGCAGUUUGCUGUAAAGUUUACUCACAGCGAUGUCACAGCCCAGCUUAAGAGACUGGGUCAGGUCACAACAGAAAUUGGACUUUGUCGGGCAUGGAUCCGUAUGGCUCUGAACGACUGCCUCAUGGAAAGCUACGUAGAUGCCAUGUUAGCUGAUAAGAAAUCUCUGGAAUCCUUUUAUCAUCGAACAGCGUACCUUCGGGAUCAUGAACAACCAGAGAUAUUCAAAUCAUACCUGAAAG